CUCAUGUGUUGUUCUUGUCGUCUCCGUCUUUCUUCCCCCAUUUCUUACACCACUUUCUGUUAAAGAGAUUAAAAGAGAUAUUUUUUUUAUUGUCUGUUCUGUUUUCUCUGUUUCCUUAACUGUAACUUUUCUUGCGUUAAUUAACAAUUCACAACAGAGAAAAAACAGAGUAGAGGAGCUUUUUUCAAACUUUCUGCCUUUUUUUAUAAGAAAAAUUGAAUCUUGUGAACCGGAAUUGGGUAUGUGUGUAAAAUUUGAAAACAGGAGAAAAAGGUGGGGAGACUGGGAGAGUGAUUUAUAGAGAGAGAAAGAGAUAGAGAUAGAUAGAGAGAGAAUGGGGUGUUGGUAUUCGAGGGUAGAGAGGGAAGAACUGGUUUCAAGAUGCAAAGCUCGGAAGAGUUAUAUGAAACAGUUGGUGAAGGCCAGGCAAGCUUUCUCUGCUUCUCAUUCUAUGUAUCUCCGGUCUCUCAGAAACACCGGCUCUUCCCUUCUUCAGUUCGCAACCGCCGAGAUCAAUCUCUGCCACCUUCCUCCGCCUCCGCUGCCGUCUCCGCCACCUCCGCCUCCACCUCCUCCUCCGCCGCCGCUCAGCCCCACUGCCACUUCCGCCACGUGGACCACCUCCUCCACCACUACUUCAUCUGUCAUCCGCCCGCCUCCUCCCCCGCCGUCUCCGCCGCACGGGUCCGGGUGGGAUUUCUGGGACCCUUUUCUCCCUGCCGCAGUGAGGUCCGGGAAUGAGGAGGAGUGGGAGGGGACCACCGUUACUUCCGAGGUUGCCGUCACAACCACCGCAUGUGACGCCAGCGUGGCGGCUCCGCCGUCCGUGGUCAGUCAGUUCUCGAAAGACACCGCCGCCGCCAGCGAUCUUGCGGUGGUCGUCUCCACCAAGGGCAAGGAUUUGCUGGAGAUCGUCAAGGAGCUGGAUGAGUACUUUCUCAAAGCUGCGGAUGCGGGCGGCCAAGUCUCAUUGCUCUUGGACGUCCCCGGAGGUUCUCUCUCCGACAGAACAUCCUCAGGGAGAAGUAUCGGGCCAAUGCUGUGGUCAUUCGGGUCAAGUCCGAAAUGGAAUGGGUUUGGGAGAUGCUAUGAUGAUUCAAUGGCUAAUAAUGUAAUUUGUGGGGAUGGCAAUUCCAGCCAUUGUUCCACAGUGGAGAGAUUGUGUGCAUGGGAGAAGAAGCUCUAUCUGGAAGUUAGGAAUGCAGAGACACUGAAACUAGAGCAUGAGAAAAAAGUUGGACAGUUAAGGAAGCUAGAAUUGACAAGAGGGGAUUAUGUGAAGACAGAGAAGACAAAGAAAGAGGUUGAGAAGUUGGAAUCCCAGCUGAUGGUGGCCACCCAAGCUAUAGAAACUACCUCUGCUGAGAUUGUCAAAUUGAGAGAGUCAGAGCUUUAUCCCCAACUUGUUAAUCUUAUCAAAGGAUUGAUGCAGAUGUGGAGGAGCAUGUAUGAGAGCCAUCAGGUUCAAACACACAUAGUCCAACAGCUCAAAUAUUUCAGUACCACACAGUCGUCGGACCCCACAUCCGAAAUCCACAGACAGUGUACUCUCCAGCUCGAGCUCGAAGUCCAACAAUGGCACAUCUCCUUCUGCAACCUCGUAAAAUCCCAACGUGACUACAUUCAGUCCCUCACCGGAUGGCUCCGGCUCAGCAUGUUCCAGCUUAAUCACAAACUGAUGCAGAAGCCCAGCAGUCAAGACUCCCUGGUGUACUCAUUAUGUGAAGAGUGGCAUCUCGCGGUAAAUAAUGCCCCUGACAAGGUUGCAUCAGAAGGAAUUAAGAGUUUCCUAAGCGUGAUCAAUGGGAUUGUUGUCCAACAGACAGAAGAGGUAAAGCAGAAGAAACGGUCUCAGUUGGCAUUCAAAGAGCUUGAGAAGAAGGCGAAUGAGCUGAGGUCAUUGGAGUCUAAGUACGGUCCGCACUCAAUGUCAGAAAGUUCUGGAAGCAAGAAUCCGGUAGGUAUGACACGGGCUAGAGUGGACGCGUUAAGGGCCAAGGCCGAGGAUGAGAAGGCUAAGUAUGACAAGGCGGUUAGUGUGACGAGGUCAAUGACAUUGAACAACCUACAGAUGGGGCUACCCCACGUGUUUCAGGCCGUGACGGGAUUCGCUAAUGUGUGCACGCAUGCAUUUGAGUCUGUGUACAACCAGGCUAAGAGCAGCAAUGGAUUGAGUGACAUGAAGAGGAUUUCACUCUAGUUAUGCAGCUGCUGCCAUGUGUCAAUGUAUAGUAGAUGUGUGCUUUUUCCACCCCUCGCACAAUCAUCUUCACUUCUGUGUAAGUAGUGUUUGAUGGUCUGAGUUAGUUUUUUCCUGGUUUUUACUUUUUAGUGGUUUUCAAGAAUCAUUCCUUAUUCAUCUUACAAAGUUCUGCUUGAAGUUUAGGAAUGCCACUAAACUCUGCAUGUUCUUGAAUCUGCUAACUGUAGAGCGAAUCUUACAUAAAAUUUGUCAGUAAUUAUGGGGAAAAUGGCAUCCCACUAUGGGCCCUUCUGUGGUGG